UCACGCUAGACCUUUGACUUGGUCACGUGAUAACAACAAGGAAGUGGUAUUGCAGACUCGAUAAAAGGCAUGAGUUUUAUUCAGUGUGUAUAUGCUUCCAAUGAGGUUUAUAAUUAUUUUUGAACGUGUAUGAAAAUAACACCAGUAAGCGAUAUACUGCCAGCGACAGCCGCAGCGCACCUUGGCUGUUAACACCUGGUUAGGAGAUGGGUGUGAAGGUGUUUAGGAGUCCUGCCCGCCAUGGCUACGCCGUGGAGGGAUCCCCCUUCAUCCCCACCAGGUUGGCCUGCGCUGCUUCACAAUACUACGGCAUUGCUGGUUCUGGCACACUGCUCAUCCUGGAAGAGACGGAAUUAGGGAUCGCUCUGGUGAAGAGCUGUGAGUGGAGCGACGGGCUGUUCGACGUGGCGUGGAGCGAGACCAAUGAGAACCUGUUGGCUGCCGGGGGCGGGGACGGUAGCCUGCAGCUCUGGGACUCAUCGUCCAAUCACAGCGCGCCACUCAGAGUGGCCCGCGAACACACACAGGAAGUGUAUUCUGUUCACUGGUCUCAAACCAGAGGAGAGAACCUGUUGGUUUCUGGGUCCUGGGACCAAACGGCUAAAGUGUGGGACCCAACUCUUAGCAAAUCAUUGACCACACUCAAGGGUCACGAAGGGGUCAUCUACAGUACUGUCUGGUCCCCCCACAUCCCAGGAUGCUUUGCUUCUGCCUCAGGUGAUGGGACGCUCAGGGUUUGGGACAUCAAGAGUGCUGCAUGCCGAUUGGCCAUUCCGGCCCACAAGUCCGAAAUCCUGAGCUGUGAUUGGUGCAAAUAUGACGAGCACACGGUGGUGACGGGGGCGGUGGACUGCAGUGUGUGUGUGUGGGACCUGAGGAACCCCCGGCAGCCCGUUUGUCAGCCACUGGUCGGACACUCCUACGCCAUCCGCAGAGUCAAGUUUUCUCCCUUCAGUCGGACGGUGUUGGCAUCCUGUUCCUAUGACUUCACUGUCAGGUUCUGGGACUACAGCAGCAGUCAGCCUCUUCUGGAGACAGUGGAGCAUCACUCUGAGUUUGUCUGUGGGAUAGACUUCAGCCUACACACACCCAACCAGGUGCUGGACUGCUCCUGGGACGAGACAGUGAAGAUCUACACACCUGCCUGCCUUACAGCUGGAACACACACUGGACCAUAGAAAACACACACACACACACACACACACACACACACACACACACACACACACACACACACACACACACACACACACACACACACACACACACACACACACACACACACACACCUCAAAAAUGCCUGUCUGCUUUUCAGGCGUUGAGAGUAAGACACUGAAUUUUAAAUGUUGACUUUGGAGACGCUACGAUGAUUAUGAGAUUAAUGCACAUCGCUUUAUUGAACACUGAGAAAUAUGGUGUCCAUUCUGAUGACCUCACAAACCACACAAACACAUCAUCAUAAUCAAUCAUUUUCCAAACAAAUGUAUUUUUAAAUGACUGCCAUAGUAGUUGGUUAUUCGUAUUCGUUUUUCCUAUUUAUAUAUUUAAAAUGUCUGAAAAUAACAACGCUAUACCCUUGAUCUAUUUCUGUGUGUGUUUUCGUGCCUGUGAUUAGGACAACAAAGUCUAUCUUUAACAGUUGUUUAACAGUUGCUGCGAUCAUAAAAUAGGGUUCAUGAAGACCCCAUAAACACAGUAAACCCAAAAAAUGUGGGACUUUUUGA